AUGAAAUUGUUGUGAUUAAUGAAAUUGAGAAAAUGCUUGAUAAAAGAAUCGAAGAGGUUGAAGAAUAUCAUUUAAAAUCUCCUCAACUAGGUCCUACAUCUCCUAUAUAUAUUCCAGCAUCUCCUACUCA